UCUAGAAUCUGGAAGCGGAGUAACUGUACGCGAAUAUUUCAGCAGAUUUCACCCUGUCAGACGGCAAACCGGUGUAAAAUAUGUGUGUGAAAGUUAAAUUAUUUUUCGUGUAGCUCAAAAUUAAAUUGUUGUUUGUGUAUUGGAGAAGCUCUUUUGUUCGGAUGAAAAUGUGCUUACAAAUGUCAUUGUCGGUCCUUAAAUUCCGUUCCGUGUUUUGUGCUCUCUCGCGAGUUUAGAGGGAACGGUCAGGAAAAUAAACAGGUCGAACGAAGAAAUAUAAGUAGAGGGUCGGUUGAAGAGGUUAUGUAGCGGGGAAUUACUUGUUUUCAUGCGUUUAUUCAUUGAUGCUUGUUGCAUUUUCUACACAUAUUCGUGCUUUCGAAUAUCGUUCGUUUUGAACCGUGCUAGCAGCAGAGUAUGUUGCCCCUUUUUAACAUUUGGUUAGGGUUUAUGGAGCGCGUAGUCUGUCCGCUGCGGUGUUGUGUUUUUCAUGUCAGUGUUGAUCAAUUCUAACUCGACGUCCAUAGAUAGAUAUUGAACGCAUUCCGCUUUAACAUCGGUGCUAUACAUUUAUCGCAAUGCAUACGAGGCGUUUGGUGAAGCGUUCAAUCCUGGGGAGCCGGGUGUAUGCGCCGAGUCCGACAGGGGACGGGGCUCCGUUGACAGGAGUUGUACAGGCUGUCAAGCAGGAAAACAGAGAUGUUUCAACCGGACCUCGGCGUAACGUCUACACGUUACUAAUGCAAGACGGAAGCCUGAAAGAAUUCUCCGAGGACGAGAUAGCCGUGGGCUUCAACCAAACGACGGCGAAAGGACCGCUCAAAUCGAGCAUGAAGCAGAGCUCCUGUAACGGCCGGGGGGAUGGGACUCCACACCAGGGCCAGACCAUGGCGGUCCAGAACGGGGAGGCCAACUCCCUGAGCCCAGAUGCGGUGGAGGGGGAGCGGGCAGUGGACGGCAGGAGGACGGGGCGCACCUUGGAGGGUCCUGAGAGGGACCACACCCGCUCUGUCUCCCUGCUGGAGCAGAAACGCAAGGUGGUGUCAUCCAGCAUCGAUGUGCCCCACGCUAGGAAGUCAGAGGAGGAAGUGGACAUGGACAAGGUGACAGCUGCCAUGGUUCUGACCAGCCUGUCCAGCAGUCCUCUGGUCAGGAGCCCCCCUGUCAAAGUCAGCGAGGGUCUGAAUGGCUCGUGGAAGGACAGUGGUGGAGGCUUCACCCCCUCCAGUUACAGCAGUAGUGGCUAUUGGAGCUGGAGCGGUCCUAGUGACCAGUCCAACCCGUCCACCCCCUCCCCACCGCUCUCCGCAGACAGCUUCAAGCCCUUCCGCAUGUCCAGCGUCAACGGCCCACCCCCUGACGACGCCAUCGACGAACAGGAUGGCAGCAGCCUGCUCUUCGACGAGCCAAUCCCACGCAAGCGCAAGAACUCCAUGAAAGUGAUGUUUAAGUGUCUGUGGAAGAACUGUGGGAAGGUUCUGAGCACGGCUGCUGGGAUACAGAGACACAUCCGGACCGUUCACCUGGGGCGUAACUGUGACUCUGACUGCAGUGACGGAGAGGAGGAUUUCUACUACUCAGAGAUCAAACUCAACACAGACUCAGUGGCUGACGGUCUGAGCAGCCUGUCCCCCGUCUCCCCCUCCGUGCUCUCCCCCAUCUCUCCCCCCCAUGACCACCACAGACGACCCCCUGCAGAGAGCAGCAACGGGACCAAUGGGAACAAGGAGAAUCACAGCCACACCCACUCCAACACCACGCCCCUCAGUCGCUCCGCCCCCAGCGCCCUCUACCUCAUCCACGCAGAGCACGCCUACCAGGCCACAGCUCCAGUCACCAUCCCCUCCUCAGGCUCUGGGUCUGUCCCUGGCCCAGGCUCUGCUGCCUCCACCUCCUUCACCCCCAGCAGCAGCUCCACCUUCAGCAUCUCCUGGCAGUCACCUCCUGUCACUUUCACUGGCACCGCUGCCUCUCCCACCCACAGUCGGACGCAGAGCUUUGGGGAGCAGCGGUCCCAGACAAUAGCAGUCCUCUCCUCCCCUCCCAGAGCCACUGGCUCACUCAGCCGUAAGUCCCGUGGCGAGGGUAAGAAGUGUCGUAAAGUGUAUGGAAUGGAGAACAGGGACAUGUGGUGUACUGCCUGCCGAUGGAAGAAAGCAUGCCAGAGGUUUACCGACUGAUUUACCGAAUGAACCAACCAACCGACCAACCGUGAGGGUUGCCCGUCGCCGUGCAAACCAGGGGUGUUCCUUUCUGUUCCCUUCCUACACAUGCGUUGUCACUCCCAAACCAACGUUGUCACACCCCUCGACAGUCCUUGGUCCACCCCGACCCCUGACCAACCCACCCCAGCAGGACCAAGGGGGUGGAGCCUCCUACUGUUCAGAGUAUAUCCCAAGCUAACUCCAGCUCCCUCCCAAGACUUCCAACCUGGGAGCCAACACGCAGUUCCAGCUCUACAGCGCAACAACAACACAAAAAUAACCCCUGACCUAAUCGUCAAGUCAGCCAUGAAGGGACCAGAAAAGAGGCUAAUUUUGUCCCAAAAUGUUUCAAUGUUGUUGGGGUUUUUUACAGAGAAGAAUUUGCUUUUUUUUACUUUGUGAGAAGGCCAUAAUAAAAAGAGAGCAGGGGAGAGA